AUGUCCUCUCCUUCAGAACCACUCAAGAAGCGUCCACGCACCCAAUCCUGCCCACCACCUCUUCCCACAACCGUCGCGACAGCCGCGACUCCAAUCCCUACCUCGGACAAAUCCACAAAACGACUUAUAGUCGUCCUAGCUCAAGCCUGUCUUGAAACCCACAAAGUCACCACAGGAAGUGGUCCUAGCGCGGGAGAAAAAUAUGUUCUCUUAAACAGCGAUGAUCAUAUCGGUGUUUUGAAGAAGAUGAAUAGAGACAUCUCGGAUGCUAGGCCGGAUAUUUUACAUCAGUGCCUCCUAACCCUCCUCGACUCCCCCGUCAACAAAGCCGGAAAACUCCAAGUCUACGUCCAAUCCACCAAGGGUGUUCUCAUAGAAGUCAACCCAACAGUCCGUAUCCCCCGAACGUUCAAACGUUUCGCCGGCCUGAUGGUCCAAUUACUUCACAAACUCUCAAUCCGUUCUACUACUUCCCCGGAAAAACUUUUGAAAGUCAUCAAAAACCCCGUCUCGCAAUAUCUUCCACCGAACUGUAGGAAGAUUACGUUGAGUUGGGAUGCUCCCGUUAGGAAUAUGAGGGAGUAUGUUGAUGCUCUGGGUGAGGAUGAGAGUCUUUGUGUAGUCGUUGGUGCUAUGGCCAAAGGGAAAGAUGACUUUGCAGAUGAGUGGGUGGAUGAGAAGAUUGGUGUGAGUAAUUACAGUUUGAGUGCCAGCGUGGCGUGUAGUAAGGUCUGCCACUCUGUGGAGGAUUGUUGGGGUAUUCUGUGA